UAAAAUAGAACAAAAAAAAUAUCGUAGCCUAGUUUUCUUUUCAAGUGUUUUUCUCGUCUGUUGCAAUUUAUUUCCCAACAAUAAAAUAAACCUUUUACUUCCCAACAAACAAAAAUAAUAAUAAAUUAUCUCCCAAUAACAAAAUUCAGACUCUAAAGUUAACUAUUCCCCAAAUAAUUUGCAUCAAACCUAAAACCGUGAAACAAAAUCAAAAAAAUAAAAUAUGGAAAACUCAUCGUCGGAUUAUUAUAAAAUCUUUCUUCGUUGAAAAGAAAAAGAAUUAAAAGAGAAAAAUAAAUACAAAAUAAAAAAAGAAACCAAAAGCACAAGAGAAAAAAAAACAUAAUUUUCUUUUUGACGUUUUCUUUUAUUUUUAAGAAGCAGGAGACGAAGAAGGGAAAUUUAUUUCCAAAACAUCGAAAUUUUGUUUUCAUAUUUUGUUUUAUUGUUUCGAUUUGGAUUGCAUGUUGUUAGCUGUUUCUGUUUUGUCCAGUUUCAGCAGCGGUAGUGUGUUCUUGUGUUGAUUUUAAUUUUGAUUGAAUCGAAACUGGUGGGCUGAGAGUUGACUCCCCCAAGACUCCGCGACCGCACCGACUCCCACUUGCCUUUUGCCUUGCCGCUGCCAUACCGUGUUGCUGCUGCUGCAUUUAUGAUUUUCCGCUCGCGCUCGUGGUCCGUUUCCGUCUCCCUGUUCGUCUCUCCAUUCCUCAGGGAUUAAACAAUUCACCGAGAAAAACUAUAAAAAGCCAGAAGAACACUCGGCUGUUUUCUUUCAUUGGAAAAUAAAUAAAUUUGUUAUGAAUUUUAUAAUUUUUAGUUUGUUCGUCUAUUUGACUUCCUUCUCGUGAUUAACCCAAGUUUCUCUUUUUGCAACUGAAGCAUUAAACGGACCGCAAAGCCAUCGCCAUCGCUAUCGCUGUCGUUGUUGUCGUCGUCGUCGUCGUCUUCCUCGUCCCUUCGUCAUCAUUUGUGUAUCGUAUCGUUGUAGUUCUGUGGUUGCUUAUUGCUUUGUGGUGCAAAAUGCAAACGUGAAAGCUGUCCGCAUAGUCUUCUUUACUUCCCUCUCAUUCCUCCUCCGUUGUGUGGUGUAACAAACGAAAAAAAGUGGAAAUUUGAGUUUUUAUUGUUUUAAAUAAAAGAUAUCAAAUAAAUUUUAACAAAUAAACGUGUUGCCAACCAAGAGCAAAUAUCCAAACCGUUGGAGGAACAGAAAAGUCUAGGAGGAUUCUAUUGAGUGAAUGACUAUUGACUUGAAUGAAAUGGCUGAUUUCGAUGCAAUUUACGAGGACGAACAGCUGGAAGAGUAUUAUGAGGAUCAAACAGUUGCACCUGUGCCGGAUCCCAUCGUUAUUCGGGGAGCAGGAAAUAUGACAGUAUUUGGUCUCAGUAAUCGUUUCAACUCGGAAUUUCCAACGGGGCUGGUUUCUCGCGUGGCACCCGAAGAAUUCAAAGCGACCAUUAGUCGUAUAAAUGGCAUUUUAAAGAAAACCCUUCCGGUCAACGUUAAAUGGCUUUUCUGCGGUUGCGUUUGUUGUUGUUGCACGUUGGGUUGCUCUCUUUGGCCCGUUAUAUGCCUAAGUAAAAGGACGCAAAUAAUGCUGGAUAAAUUACUUGAAUGGGAAAAUAGUCAUUUAUAUCAUAAACUUGGUCUACACUGGCGACUGAAUAAGCAACAAUGUGAUUCCAAUUCGAUGAUGGAAUAUGUUAUUCAAAUCGAAUUUAUACCGAAAACACCCAUUUAUCGUCCUGAUUAAAGUCUACAGUUUUAAUUUAAUUAAAUAAUAAUUUUGGUUUUGGUUUUUGUAAAUUGUAAACAAAAAACCAAAACAAAGCAUAAAAUUAAAACUGUAGAACUUUGAGGCUAGUUAUAUACACACAUUAUAAUUAUUAUUACAAAACAAACAAAACACGGAGUUUAUAUUAUUGUUUGUCUUUUUUGGAAAACAAAGAAGAACAAACAAAAUAAUGCUUAAAUAUUACAAUAACUUUUAGCUUAGAGAAAAGUUUUUUGUUUAAUUUUGUUUCUUAUAAUUUUUAUUAUACUAAAUAAUGUUGCUUAUUUUCCUCACCAUAUCAGCCAAGUUCGAUGCACGGAGGCUGUUUAAUGCUACUAAUUUGUUACUAUUUCUGUUAAAAUUAUUAAAUAACUACUACACAGAGAAUAUACAUUUUUAUAUAAUCUAGCAUUUGUUAUGUUCCAAUAGAGAAAUGAAAACAAAUAUUUAACUAAAUCUCAGUCAAGCGUAAAAUCCUAUUUGUUGUUAACUUCAACAUUAAACACACAUUCGUUUUCUUACUAAACAAAAAUAAAAGAUGAAAAUAAGAACAACUUUAUUUUGCUAUCAAUGUGAAUCGAAUUUAAAUCUAUUUUGCAAUGUUCCAAAACUUUACUAAUCCCUGGAUGGUUGCGCUGAUUUUAUAAGUGAAUGCAUAUCGAAUCAUUUGAAUAUACACUUUUGAAAAAUUAUAAAAAACUAAUUCGAUUCACAUCUGGAAGGAGCCCCAAAGCUAUCAUAGAUCUGAUAAUUUUAAAGCAAUCAAAUUAAUCAAACUAUCAAUUCGAUGCACAUCUAUAGCAAAAUAAAGACAGCUUAUGUUUAUUAAACAAAAAAUCUAACAAAGUGUUGCGUUUUUAGCAAUCUCGUAUUUAACAAAUUUAUUAUACAUUUACUAUAUAUUUUUUGCCAUUAGUUGUUGAGUUAAACAAAAAUAUUAUUAUAAUGUUUUGAACAAAGAAAAAGAAAUGCACUAAUUUUAUUGUAAAUAAGAGAAAUGGAGAAACAUAAUUGUAAAUAAUAUAAAUAAGAUAUAAAAUUGAAUUUAAAAAUAAACAUUUUAUUGGAAUUAAAUUUAUAAGAAAAAAAAAAUAAAAUUACAAAUUAAUAUAUAAAUGCCUAUCGUUGCUUGAAUUUAAAAAAACAACGUUUUUUUUGUAAAUUUGAAAACAAUUUGAUGAAGUUUAAUGUCUCUAAGGACAGUGAUAAAAAUUCUAAUUUGAGAUAUAGAAAUAGGAUAUUGUGUGCAAAUUUUUAAGACUUUUUGCUUCAUUAAAAUACAAAUUUAAAACAAAAUAAAAGAAAAAACUAAAAAUGAAACGCAUAAAAUAAAAAAUAAAACAAAAGAAAAACAAGUCCUCCAAAAAAGCCUUCAAGCAAUAAAAAUUAAUUUAAUACAAAAAGCUUUUUUAAACGAGCUUUCCAUUCACACUGUCACAGUUAUUUGCACUUAAGAAGGAAAUCACAAAUUAAAAAAAAAAUUAAAAACAAACAUAACUAUAAAACAAAAAAUUCUAAAAAUAAAAAAGUGUCGAGUCAAAAUGUAGACAACUUUUAAGCAAACACGUAAGACUGGGGCAAAAGUGACAACAUUUUAUUAGUAUUUUAUUCAGUAUUUUUUAUUUUUUAAACACAAACUU